GGCUCGCCUCACACAAACACACCAGAAAUAUAAUACCGGGUGCAGAAGAAUUCAAUCCCAACCCAACGAUGGCGUCGAGUCCCAGGAGAACAGUCGUGUGCUCGGUGCUGCCACUGCUGCUGCUGCUUGCCGGCGCGGCCCGCGCGGCGGGUAACUUCUACCAGGACGUGGACAUCACGUGGGGCGACGGGCGCGGCAAGAUCGUCGGCGGCGGCGACGUCCUGACGCUGUCCCUCGACAGGGCCUCCGGCUCCGGGUUCCAGUCCAAGAACCAGUACCUGUACGGCCGCUUCGACAUGCAGAUCAAGCUCGUCCCCGGCGACUCCGCCGGCACCGUCGCCACUUUCUACCUGUCGUCGCAGGGGUCGGCGCACGACGAGAUCGACUUCGAGUUCCUGGGGAACGCGAGCGGGCAGCCCUACACGGUGCACACCAACGUGUACAGCCAGGGCAAGGGCGGCCGGGAGCAGCAGUUCCGCAUGUGGUUCGACCCCACCGCCGACUUCCACACCUACUCCGUCGUCUGGAACCCCACGCACAUCCUGUUCUACGUGGACGGGACGCCGAUCCGGGAGCACCGGAACCGGGAGGCGGCGACGGGGGUGGCGUACCCGCGGAGCCAGGCGAUGCGGGUGUACGCCAGCGUGUGGGACGCGGAGGAGUGGGCGACGCAGGGCGGGCGGGUGAGGACGGACUGGUCGCGGGCGCCCUUCGUGGCGUCGUACAAGGGCUUCGCCGCGAGCGGGUGCGCGUCGCAGGACGCGGCGGCGUGCGCCAGGUCCAACGGCGCGUGGAUGUACCAGGAGCUGGACGCCACCGCGCUGGACCGACUCCAGUGGGUGCAGAAGAACUACAUGAUCUACAACUACUGCACGGACACCUGGAGGUUCAAGGACGGCGCUCCGCCCGAGUGCGCCACCAAGUAGAGUGUUCUAUCUCGAGGCGACGUUCCCAGGAUAGGCCACGUUCCCGGGUAUUUUUUUUUGGGGGGUAGAUUGGGUAUAUAAUUUGUGUACACCUACGUAUGGACGUAAUUGUAACCAUGCAGGUAUAUAAACGAUAUACUCCCUCCGUCUCAAAAUAAGUGACUCGACUUUGUACUAGUUUGUAUAAAGUUAAGUCAUUUAUUUUGAAACGGAAGGAGUAAUAAAUUCAGCUUAUACAAUAUAUCAAUAUUUAUCUAUUUAUCUAGGCGGGGCAUAUACUUA